UCGCGGUGUCAGCGGCGGAGCCGGAUGCGGGCGGCACCAAGGCUACCGCGGCCCUGGGGAUGGGCGGAGCCCCAGCCGCUAGUGCUGGUGGCCGCCGCCGCUGCGGGAGCUGGAACCCGAGCUGCCGCCUCUGUUCCCGCGCGUCGCUGCUUCCUGGGGCGGCGGUAUGCUGGGGAAAGGGGUAGUCGGCGGUGGCGGCGGCACCAAGGCGCCCAAGCCCUCCUUCGUGUCGUACGUGCGCCCUGAGGAAAUUCACACAAAUGAAAAGGAAGUAACAGAGAAGGAAGUAACACUUCACUUGUUGCCAGGUGAACAGCUGCUUUGUGAAGCCAGCACAGUACUGAAGUAUGUCCAGGAAGAUUCUUGUCAGCAUGGGGUCUAUGGGAGACUUGUCUGCACAGACUUCAAGAUUGCUUUCUUGGGUGAUGAUGAAUCUGCAUUGGAUAAUGAUGAAACUCAAUUUAAGAAUAAGGUUAUAGGAGAAAAUGACAUUACACUUCACUGUGUUGAUCAGAUUUAUGGAGUGUUUGAUGAGAAAAAAAAACCUCUCUUUGGACAAUUGAAGAAGUACCCUGAGAAACUCAUCAUCCACUGCAAAGACCUGCGAGUGUUCCACUUCUGUCUGAGGUACACAAAGGAAGAAGAAGUCAAAAGGAUUGUCAGUGGCAUAAUUCAUCAUACUCAGGCUCCUAAACUGCUUAAACGGUUGUUUCUGUUUUCCUAUGCAACUGCUGCACAAAACAAUACAGCCACUGAUCCCAAGAACCAUACAGUAAUGUUUGACACACUUAAGGACUGGUGUUGGGAACUGGAGCGGACCAAAGGUAACAUGAAGUACAAAGCAGUGUGUGUCAAUGAAGACUAUAAAGUCUGUGAGAGGUUGCCAGCAUACUUUGUUGUCCCCACCCCUCUUGCCGAAGAGGAUGUGCAGUGCUUUCAGGGUCGCGGCAUACCAAUAUGGUGUUGGUCCUGCCACAAUGGAAGUGCCCUUUUGAAAAUGUCAGCACUGCCCAAAGAACAGGAUGAUGGCAUUUUACAAAUCCAGAAGAGCUUCUUGGAUGGAAUUUACAAGACCAUCCAUAGGCCACCCUAUGAAAUUGUUAAAACUGAAGACCUGUCAGGCAACUUCCUAUCCCUGCAGGAAAUCCAGACUGCAUACUCUAAAUUUAAACAGCUGUUUCUGAUAGAUAACAGCACUGAAUUUUGGGACACGGAUAUAAAAUGGUUUUCUCUGUUGGAAAGUAGCAGCUGGCUUGACAUAAUCAGACGUUGCCUGAAAAAAGCAAUAGAGAUUACGGAAUGCAUGGAGGCACAAAACAUGAACGUUCUUCUUUUAGAGGAGAAUGCAUCCGACCUCUGCUGCCUCAUUUCCUCUCUGGUGCAAGUGAUGAUGGACCCCCACUGCAGAACCAGGAUUGGUUUCCAGAGCCUCGUCCAGAAGGAGUGGGUCAUGGGUGGCCACUGUUUCUUGGAUCGCUGCAACCACCUCCGCCAGAGUGACAAAGAGGAGGUUCCUGUGUUCCUGCUUUUCUUAGAUUGUGUCUGGCAGCUGGUACACCAGCAUCCUCCAGCAUUUGAAUUCACAGAGACUUACCUGACUGUUUUGUCAGAUAGCCUAUACAUUCCUAUUUUUAGCACCUUCUUCUUCAAUUCGCCUCAUCAAAAAGAUACUAAUGUGGGCAGGGAAAGCCAGGAUACACAAAGCAAGCCUUUGAAUCUGCUCUCCGUGUGGGACUGGUCUGUGCAGUUUGAACCCAAAGCCCAGACGUUGCUCAAAAACCCUCUUUACGUGGAAAAGCCAAAGCUGGACAAAGGCCAACGGAAAGGAGUGCGUUCCAAACAUCAACGACAACUUUCUUUGCCACUCACCCAAUCUAAGUCAUCUCCCAAAAGAGGAUUUUUCAGGGAAGAAACAGAUCAUUUAAUUAAAAACCUUCUGGGCAAGAGAAUUAGCAAACUUAUUAAUUCUUCCGACGAGCUGCAAGACAACUUUCGAGAGUUCUAUGACAGCUGGCAUAGCAAGCCCACUGACUAUCACGGUUUGUUGUUGCCUCAUAUAGAGGGACCAGAAAUCAGAGUCUGGGCCCAGCGCUACUUGCGUUGGAUUCCAGAAGCCCAAAUCCUAGGUGGUGGCACAGUGGCCACUAUGAGCAAACUCUUGGAAAUGAUGGAGGAAGUCCAGAGCUUACAAGAGAAAAUCGAGGAGAGACACCACAGCCAGGAGGCCCCCCAGGCAGAGCCCCCCUGCCUGCUGAGGAACUCUGCCCGCCUGUCCUCUUUGUUUCCCUUUGCUUUGCUGCAGCGACAUUCCUCCAAGCCCGUCUUGCCCACCAGUGGCUGGAAAGCUUUGGGAGAUGAGGAAGAUUUGGCCAAACGAGAAGAUGAGUUUGUGGAUCUAGGGGACGUGUGACCUAUUUGCUGAAUGAUUGUGAAAGAGGAGUGUGGGAGAUUGGGACACUUGAUCCCUGGAUUUGAGUCACGCUGCAGCUAAUGCUGGGAGGGCCAUUAGCCCAGCGCUCUGUUGGAGUAAACCUGGGCCUUCAGGAAAAGAGCUGGUUCUCAUUAUUUUUCAUGGUUCUGAAAGACUAUGCAAUUAAAAGUAUUAUUAAUUGAAAAGAAUUACUACUUGACCCGUAAUAGGACUGUGGCCGUUUUCUGAUGCCUAAGUAUUAUAUAGAACCUGCACUGGCCAGUUUACAAAUGGGAAGGGCUUCGCUAACAUAUUCCUGGACUUGAUGCUUUCUUCAGAUCCUUUCUGUGCCAAGAUAAAUUUACCCAGUCUCUGGGAAUAGUAAGUUUCUCUGUAACCUAUCUCAGUUGGGAGCAAGUUCAGCUUUAUGUGCUAUUUAAAUGGCAAAUUGAAAGAUUCAAACAGAGGUAUUAAGAUAUAUAGCAUUUACUUAAAUCAUAGCAUUUUUCCUUUCUAUGUGCUCUUGCCUAUGGAAAAGCUGGGAGAUUCCACCGGUGUCGCCCAUCCUGACAUUUCAGAUCAUCCUUCCCUCCUUUGUAGGCUGUGUCACCUUGCAUGUGGAUGGCGAGCUAGCCAAUACCUGCCCUCUCUCCUCUGCUGACAGCUCCAGGUCUUCCUCUGCCUGCUCAGUACUGCGCACACUGUCCCUGCACUCCCUGCCUUGGGGCACAUAGUCCCAGUGUCUUGCUGCUAAACCAGUUGGUUAAACUGGGGAAUCUCUUUGUUUGCCCAGAGGAGCUCCCAUUCCUCUCAGUGUUUGGAAUGAAUUGCUUUGCCUUGUUCUAACCCCCUGCCUGAGGCUUUGGAGCCCCUGUGGCUGUGCUUCUCUGCAGCCCCUCAGCUCAGCUGCUUCCUUGAGUUUUGUUACCUUUACAGACUGAUGGGCUUGGGUCACUUUUGAAUGUGGCUCUCAUAGGAAAGUAGUUAAACAUAAAUAUCAGUAGUGAUUAUCAUAUAAUACCUCAGUGAUUUAAAAAGCCAUAGAAGAAACUUGACUAUGCCUGGUCACCUUCUUGGAUCUGCUGUCUAUAUAUAUAUAUAUAUUUUUUUUUCUUUUUUAAUUGUAGAAAAGUAUACUUUGUAAGGAUCAGUUUUUUCAUCCUCAAUGGAACUCUGUCAAAUCCCACAAAAGAAAGGGAAAGAAACCUCAUGUUAGAAUGUUUUAAAUUGAAUGUUUGCCUUUUAUACACAUUUGUUCUCCAGUAUGGAUCCCAAUUUGAAUGUUACAUGUUUAGAAAAACUUUCAGUUGCUCAAGGGCAAUUAGGAAUUUUGAAACUAUUGACAAAGAGGAGUUUCUAGGUUUGCACUGAAUCGUCUUUUAUACGUACAAGUUGUUUUGCUGUGCUCCCCGCUCCAGCACGAGCCGGGUGGUCUGUUAAGAUGGCAGAAGCUGAGGGGAGGGCAGGAUUCACUCUCCUGGGGGCCAAACACAUGCUCAGUCUUGGUUGCCUUAAGAGUUACCAGCAAGGUCAGUGUUAGGCUUGCGAUAGGGAUUUUUGAAAUACACUAACUAGUUCCGUAGCUUACCUUCACAUACCUUCCAUGAGCCUUUUUAAGUUAGCACUAACCUCCACUUCUCUGCCCAUUGCCUCCCAAACACACUAUGGAGCUAAAUAUUUUUGUUACCAUAUUAUAACCUGUUUAAAAUGGUAGCCUCUUCAGUCUUAGAAUUUUCAUUCCAAAAAUGCCCGGUGUGAUGCUUUAUACUCCACAAGUAUGGUUUAAAGGCACAAGGUCAUGGCCCUUGUCAUAGCAGUUGAAUGUGCAUUGAAAUAUUUUUCUAUGAUUUUUUUUAAAAAAUUACAAUAGAAAAAUAAGUAAGCUGUUGUAACAUGGUAAGGUCAUGACAAUUUUUGUAUUUAUAUUUGAAAUCAGAUUUCUAUAACUUGUAUUUGUAUACAGAAUUCUCAGUGGGUUUAUAUAUUGUGAAAUUUUUAUCCAAGAUUGAGAUGUGGAUUAUGCUUAAUAGUAAAAGCUGAAAUGAGACCAUUUACUUUGUUUAAAAUGCUAUAAUAUGUAAGUUUGGAAAUGUACAUUAAUUUACUGUAUAUAAUAUCAUGAGUUUGUUUAUACCUCCAAGUUUUUACACUGAAGAUAAACUAGCUUUAAUUAAAUACAAAACUUUUUUUUUUCUUUGUAAGGGAAUAAGCUGUUGGGCUAAAUCUGUAUAAAUGUGCUUUUUAUUUUCUGAAUGCACAAUGAAAGUUUAUACUUGUAUCUCACUGCAUCAUAUCUGAUUGCAGACAUUAAAGCACAAUUUACAAGCAA